AUGUUAUAUUUGAUCGGUCUGGGGUUAUCAUACAAAUCUGAUAUCACAGUUCGUGGUUUAGAAGCUGUUAGAAAAUGUUCUGCUGUUUAUUUAGAACAUUACACUAGUAUUCUAAUGGCUGCUUCUAAGGAAGAGUUGGAAGAAUAUUAUGGCAGUGAAGUUAUAUUGGCUGAUAGAGAACUGGUCGAGACGGGUUCUGAGAUUAUUUUAAGAGAUGCUAGGGAAAAAGAUGUUGCAUUCUUAGUUGUUGGUGAUCCAUUCGGUGCUACCACUCACACUGACUUGGUAUUAAGAGCUAAACGUGAAAAUAUCCCUGUGGAAAUAAUUCAUAACGCUUCUGUCAUGAAUGCUGUAGGUGCUUGUGGCUUACAAUUAUACAAUUUUGGUCAAACAAUUUCAAUGGUUUUUUUCACUGAUAGUUGGAGACCUGACUCGUGGUAUGAAAAAAUCCUAGAAAACAGAAAGAUUGGUUUACACACUUUGGUGUUAUUAGACAUAAAGGUAAAAGAACAAAGUAUUGAAAACAUGGCCCGUGGUCGAUUAAUUUACGAACCUCCACGUUACAUGUCAAUUUCACAAUGCUGUGAGCAACUACUUGAGAUUGAAGAAGUUAAAGGUACCAAAGCUUAUACUCCUGACACACCAGCUGUUGCUAUUAGCAGGUUGGGUUCUGAUAGACAAACCUUCAAAUCCGGUACCAUUAAGGAAUUGUCCGAAUAUGAUUCCGGCGAGCCAUUGCAUUCUCUAGUUCUUUUAGGUAGACAAUGUCAUGAAUUGGAGUUAGAAUAUCUAUUAGAAUUCUGUGAUGACCGAGAGAAAUUCAAGAACGACGUUAUCAAGGACCAAGAAUUCUUUAAACCUGCUCCUUGGGUACCACCUGUCGAAGAAGAUGACGAUUAA